AUGACGCGCAACCCGGGCCAAAUCUUCUUUGACAAGGCCCACGAUGUCCUCUACUUUGGCGCCCGUGACGGCUACAUGGCCUCCGAGGCACAGUUCCGCACCGUCAUGGCCCUCUGCGAUCCCGAAGACAUCUCACAAGUGCGCCGCCUCGCCAUCAACGACUCGCUUUUCUGGGUCGACACAAUGUACCAGUCCAUGAGCGCCGCCAACCUAACGGUGGAGGUCCUCAAGCAGGUCCGCGCGCGUAUGCCCAAGCUGGAAGAGCUGGUCUUCGUGCCGCGGGACGAAAAUCCUGUCUACAACGACGAGGUCGAGUUGGUGCCUGCGAAUCCGAACGGCUUGCUCAAGCAGCAGAUGGCGAGGCAAAUGGAGGCGGCGAUGAAGGCCGUUUGCGACUUAUUUCCGGACUGGACGCCGCCGCGGUGGUGUAUUAUGGCUCUCGGGUCGACGUAG